AUGGGGUUAUUAUCUAUCCUGCGGAAAAUUCGUCAGAAAGAGAAGGAGAUGAGAUUGUUGGUGCUCGGUCUUGACAAUGCUGGAAAGACAACGAUCAUAAAACGUCUAAACGGUGAAGAUAUUAACACAAUCUCACCAACUCUUGGCUUUAAUAUCAAAACUCUAGAACAUGACAAUUUCAUAUUGCACGUAUUUGAUGUUGGAGGACAAAAAUCUAUUAGAUCAUAUUGGCGUAAUUAUUUUGAACAAACAGAUGGAGUUAUUUGGGUCGUAGAUAGUACGGAUCGAAUGCGUUUGGAGGAUUGUAAAAAUGAAUUAAAGGCUUUAUUGAAGGAAGAGCGCUUAGCAGGUGCUUCAUUAUUGGUAUUCGCUAAUAAACAAGAUCUCCCGGGUGCAAUGUCUGAUCAACAGAUUCGCCAG